CUAUCACUCCUGCUGUAUAAAUGGAGUCUCAACAAUACAAUGCAGCGGACUUGACGUCUGUCCUGCGCACCCUCUCAGCCCUAUCGUCGCAUCCCCCACCGCCAGAGAAGGACUCCCCAGCGACAGCGCACCACACCCAUGUCAAAGACGAUGAGCCCGAGGAUGAAGAUACAUACGAACCAACAGAUUCCCUCCCCCUCUCUACCCCAGCUCCAGCUCCACAGACACCACAAGGGAAACAACAACAACAACUUUCCUCCCAUCGUCCCCCACAACCAGCGCAACAACACCCACCACCACCACCACCCCCAGGAACCAAAGUAGACAUCUCCACAAUAACAACCUGGCCCUCCGCCCUCCGCCACGUAAUGCGCACAGUCGGCCAAAACGAAUCCAUCCAGCAGCGCAUCCGCUUCCUCAUCCAACGUCAGCACGACCACGAGAAGCAGUGGUGGCGGGGGCGUGUCGCAUUAGUCGAGAAGCAGAAGGCGCGAGCGGAGAAGAAGAAGGAGUUGGAUGAAGUUUUACGCUCUGUUGGUGCACCUGUGGAUUCGAAGCAGGUUUCUACAGCCGAAGAAGACCACGCAGAACUAACCAACUACGACACCAAAGUCUACCGCGCGUCGACGCAAAUGGCCGACGCAAUGGCGAGCGAGCUGCGCGCGCUACAGAUUCCCUUUUUCUACCGCAACGGGCGGCCAUCAGCACAUGAUCCGGCGGGAACAACUCCUCGUCGUGCGGGCACGGACGCGCCGCCGGCGGCCCCUCUCUCGGGUGAUGAACUGGUUACCCUCCAGCGGAGAAUGCUGGAACUGUUACAGGAUUUAUGUAAGGAGUGACCAGUCAUCGUGUCUCAAUGAGGAUCCGAAAGGGGAAAGAUCAUUCAUGUUAAGAACGACAUGAUAUUACUCCACGACGAGGGUU